AUGGAGGUGGCUGCGCGGCGCUGGAGAGGCAGGGACCUUGGGGCGGUCCGAGGACGCGGUGUGGAGGUGACUGAGGACUGGCUGUGGGCGGCCGGCCGGCGUCGGGGAAGAGCGCCGAAUAAAGAUCUCUUUGUCCUUACCUAUGGAGCUCUGGUUGCCCAGCUGUGUAAGGAUUAUGAGAAAGAUGAAGAUGUGAAUCAGUAUUUAGAUAAAAUGGGUUACGGCAUUGGAACGCGGCUUGUGGAAGACUUUUUGGCUCGAUCCUGUGUGGGAAGAUGCCAUAGUUAUUCAGAAAUUACAGACAUAAUUGCCCAGGUGGCUUUCAAGAUGUACCUGGGAAUUACACCAAGUGUGACCUGUAACAAUUCAAGCAGAAAUGAAUUUUCCCUGAUUCUAGACAAGAAUCCUCUGGUGGAGUUUGUGGAAGAGCUCCCUGCUGGGCGAUCUUCUCUGUGCUACUGCAACUUGCUCUGUGGGAUUAUCAGAGGCGCCUUGGAAAUGGUUCAUUUGGCUGCUGAUGUUACAUUCUUGCAAGACAGACUGAGAGGUGACAGUGUGACAGAAAUAGGAAUAACGUUUCUAAAAAAACGAGAGGAGAAAAAAUAUAGACGGAAAAAAUGAACAGCAUGUAAAAUGCCACAGGGUGGCUAGUUGAGUUAAUAUUAGUUAAACAUGUAUAGGCACAGAAAUUUUGAAUUUCUUAAUAACAUGAGCUUUAAAAGGCUUAUAAAUCACCAGAAAUGUGAAAUGCAGGACAUGAGAAUUUAUAGGGCUUUUUUUUCCUUUUGCUUAUAAAUUACACAUUUUCAGUCUCAUAUCCACAAGAUUUCAUAUGCAAAUAACUACCUAUAAGAUAGCAAGCAGGAAUUCCACAUAUUACGCUGUCCAUCCUCAGAGAAGCUAUUCAUUCCAUUUACGUAUGGUGAUGGGGAAAAAAGGCACCACUAAUACAAACAGUUAUGUAUUUAUCUCUUUGCUGAAAAAAAAUGAAUGAAAUGAUACAGCAUAGAGUUUACUAUAUAUAGACAGUAGUUUCUAGGUACUGUAUAUUGCAUUCCUUAUAGAAACAGUUCCAUUUGUAACACUUUUCCAUAUUUAUGAAAUAAGAUUUGAUUUUUCUCAUAUAUUAGCUUGGCUUAUAGCUUUAGCCUCCCUACCCUUAGUUUGUAAU